AGGGCUCCAUCCGCCAGCGGCCGCCACGCCCUGCGCCGGCGGGCCCUCGUGGAUGCCGCGGGGCGCGGGCGGCGGGCGGCCGCGCUCGCCAUGGCGGGCGGCGGCGGCCCUGCUGUGGGCGGCCCUGGCGGCGCCCGCCAGAGGCGGCGGCGCCGUGCGGGCCCUCCUGGCGCCGCUGCGGCACCCGCGGAGGCGGCCCGCGGCGACGCCGAGGGCGGCCAUGCCGUGGGACGGACUCUUCGGCGGCGGCGACGAUGCCGUCGUGGUGCCGACCUCCACAGACGAGCUGGGGGAGAGGCUACAGGACUGCAUGCUGACCGCCGUGGAGAAGGCGCUUCCUCGCAUGGACAUCGAGCUGCCGCCCGGGCUGCGCAUGGGCAUAUUCGAGGAGCAGGAUCCCCUGGAGCCGCGGGGCGAGCUGACGGCCGCCGACAUUGCGCGCGCGGACAGGGACCUGGCGGCCGCGUGGAUCGCCAUGUUCGAGGGGCUCAAUAACGAUCGCUCUCUCUGCGUGGCAUUCCGCAAUGACAAGCUCGCCACCAAGGCGAAGCGGGCGUGGCGAAACUGGGGCAAGGUCAAGAUCAUGUCGCUGGCGGAGAAGGAGAAGGAGAAGUACCUUGGGAAACCAAAUCAUGCGAAUGCGAAGACGUGGCUUUGUGCAGGUUGGAUCGCACCCGCAGCCUAUUGUUUAUAAGCUGGUAAGUACCAUAUCCGAGGGACAUAAUCACACUCAUCAGGGGUUGGCUGAAGAUAUUGGCUGUGACUGUUGGUCGCGGUUGGCCAGAGGGCGGGUCAGCGUAGGCUGGGGGGUUGGCGGGGGUAAUUCUUCGAUGGGUUGUCAUCCCGAUAACGUUGAGUAAUGCAGCAGGCUGCCCUUCGUGUCAGAUGUUCCCGUGACACACUGCGAUUCGAACCAGCCACGCAGUGCCGCGUCACCCUGACCGCGGCGCCCGAUGCAUCCUCCAGAGCCGCCGGAUCUCCGAGGUUCUCGAUUUGUCGGGGCCCCCGAUGUCCUUCUCGUCCUGGCUCGGACUCGCACCUCGCACUGCCGCGGCCCAGCCGCACACCGUCGGCGACCGGCGGGCGCCCGCCGCGCACCGCCUGCCCGUGCC